AUCAGAGGAAUGACGUCAGCUUUCCCUGCAAGCAUGUCAGUGUGAUGAGACAAGGAGCCAGCGGCUGGAACUUGGGGAAGCGCUGUGUUUUACUCGUUUUCGGCAACACCCCUUCCGCUAACCGCGUUGAAUAAGGCAACUGUAUCUAUCUCAUGCUUUUAGGGGGAAUCCUUUCUGCCUCCGCCUUUUACGUAAAGCAAGUGAAGAGCAGCCUCGGGCGAGGGGCGGAGCAAAAAAUCGCCGGCCGGCUAGAGAAUUUAGUCCGAGUAGAUUUUGGGUGUAACAGCUGAAUCCGCACAAACCCGCUAGAACCUUGGAAACCGAAAGGAGUCCGCGCCCUGCAAUGAUCUGAAGUAUCUGAGCCUGUCAGUGUUAAUUGUGGACCACUUCGACUUUAAUUUCAUUAUUCUGUUUAUUUUAAGACGGCGGCUGUUCUACACCCCGGAAUUGCACAAUUGCUUUUGUUGUGUCAGAGUGGGAGAUGCCGGCAAUGAGAUUGGGGCAGUGCUGGGAGAACUCCUCUUCCUUGGACUAAAGCUGCAGGCUAGCACUCACUUGCAAUACUAUCAGCCACCUACAGCAGCAAACCAUUGCCAUACUCUACUUGGGAGCCUGAGUGCUUGUUAUCUGGACGUUUUUGACAGUACACUGCCAGUGAAAUCAUAUAUGUGAAGCACGAUCACAGCACCUGCACUUCUCCACCUGAUGGCAGUUUGCACAUCCUCGUGAAACCUGCCAAGCUGGACACCACAGCUUUGCACCACGACACCUUGGCCGAUAUCGUGCCCUUUCAGCAAACAAGUGACCAUGCAGUCCUAGCCUGUGACCCAGGCAUUCAUGAAGAGCACUAUGUGAGUGAAGCUGUGGGUAUAGAAGAUGUUCAGGACCAGAGAGUCCUCAGAGAUGCUGGCACCAUUACAGUUUUAUGUGCUGAAAGAGUGGGCCAGAUGACUAAAACAUAUAGUGAUAUAGAUGCUGUCACACGUCUGCUUGAAGAGAAAGAACGAGAUCUAGAAUUAGCUGCUCGCAUUGGCCAGUCUUUGCUGAAGAAGAAUAAAGCAUUAACUGAAAGGAAUGAAUAUCUUGAGGAACAAGUAGAGCACAUCAAAGAAGAGGUUUCACAGUUGCGUCAUGAGCUGUCCAUGAAAGAUGAGCUGCUUCAGUUUUAUACUAGUACAGCGGACGAAAGCGAGCCAGAAUCCAUCAGCUCUACACCUCUGAAGAGGAAUGAAUCUGCCUCAUCUGUCCAGAGCUGUUUCCAUUUUGACUCUCUGCAGAAGAAAUUGAAGGAUCUUGAAGAUGAGAAUAUUGUUCUCCGUUCAGAGGCUUGCCACUUGAAAACUGAAACAAUCACGUAUGAAGAAAAGGAGCAACAACUUGUGAAUGACUGCGUCAAAGAACUGCGCGAUUCUAAUGUGCAGAUUGCCAGCUUAUCAGAAGAGUUGGCCAAGAAGACAGAUGAUGCUGCACGGCAACAAGAGGAAAUAACGCAUCUUCUCUCACAGAUAGUUGACAUUCAGAAGAAGGCUAAAGCAUAUGGAGUUGAAAAUGAGGAACUUGUGCAACAUUUGGGAGCAGCUAAGGAUGCCCAACGACAACUCACAGCUGAAUUACGAGAGCUGGAAGACAAGUAUGCAGAGUGCAUGGAAAUGCUUCAUGAGGCGCAGGAAGAACUAAAGAACCUGAGAAACAAAACAAUGCCUAAUGUCAUUUCCCGACGCUAUCACACUUUGGGGGUUUUUCCUUUGGACUCAUUAGCAGCUGAGAUAGAGGGAUCCAUGAGGAAGGAACUGCAAAUUGAUGAGCCGGACUCUCCUGAAAUGAAUGGCAAUCACCAUAAGCGAGUAUUUGAAACAGUGAAAAAUGUAAACCAGGUUGUCAAACAGAGAUCGCUGGCCCCUUCUCCAAUGAACAUCCCAGGAUCUAACCAGUCAUCUGCAAUGAACUCUUUAAUGUCUAGUUGUGUGAGCACACCACGCUCCAGCCUGUAUGGUGGGGAUGUAUCAAACAUUGUUAUUGAUAACAAGACAAAUAGCAUUAUCUUGGAAACCGAGUCCUCUGAAAAUAGCCUCAAUAACGGAGAUAAAAACAAGAAGGCUGGAACACCUGGCACUCCAGGUUCCAGUGAUCUGGAGACAGCUCUGCGACGAUUGUCUCUGCGCCGUGAAAACUACAUCCUGGAGCGCAAGUUUUUUGAAGAUGAUCAGGAGAGGAAACUGAGGAGCCUAGCAGAGAAAGGAGAGAUCCAUAGUGGGUCAGUUACACCCACAGAUAGCAUCAUGUCCUUAGGAACCCACUCCAGGCUAUCUGAAUUCACCGGAUUGUCAGGAAUGUCGUACUGCAGUCGAUCCUACUUGCCAGAGAAACUUCAGAUUGUGAAGCCUCUAGAAGGUUCAGCAACUUUACAUCAUUGGCAACAGCUUGCACAGCCAAAUCUAGGCGGUAUCCUGGACCCAAGGCCUGGUGUGGUUACCAAAGGCUUCAGGACCUUGGAUCUUGACCAUGAGGAUGUGUACUGCUUCACAGACUAUGAAGAAGAUGAGACAGGUGACAUUCCUUUCAAGAGCUUUACUACCUCGUCUUCCAUCCAUCACUCAGAGACCUCAGGUGAGAGGUCACAAGCACAAGUGACUAUGCCAGACAGCAAGAAUUGUCCAAGUCAUUCUCAGGCUGCCCCCGAGGAUUUGCAAGAACCAGCGACAGACGAUGAUGAGGGGUCUGUGUACUAUCCUGGCAAGUGCUUGUCUCAAACCAACUCUACCUUCACUUUCACCAACUGUCGGAUUAUGCACCCGUCUGAUGAACUCACCUGUGUCACUUCGAGCCUUAAUGCAGUGCCCACUCCAGCUUGUGGUAACUGGAAUAAUCUAAAGUCAAUGCCAGCGAGCACACCCUGUACGCCUCGGCGCCUGAGCUUGGCUGAAUCGUUCACCAAUCUUAGGGAAUCAACUACCACUAUGAGCACAUCUUUAGGGCUGGUAAGACUUUUGAAAGAGAGGGGCAUUUCUGCAUCUAUGUACAACCCACAAACCUGGGACGGGGCUGGAAAGGUUUCUCUGAUUAACCAUUCUCUUCCAAAAAUGGCAAUCAUAGCCUCCACCCCACCAAACUCGCCUAUGCCGACACCAAAUUCCUCCCCUCCAUCUCUAGACUUCAAAUGCACCAGCCCACCCUAUGAUAACUUCCUAGCUUCUAAACCUGCCAGCUCCAUCCUUAAGGAAGUCAGGGAGAAGAAGAAGAAGAAUAUAAGGAGCAGUGAAUGCCAGACAGAUGUUUCUGUUUCCAACCUUAACCUUGUGGAUAAAGUAAAGAAGUUUGGAAUUGCCAAAGUCUCAGGAACAUCUGCUUUAUCUGAAUGCUACAGGGGCACCCAAGGGCCAGUGAGGACAUAUGUUCCUGGAGGUCUUAUGCCUGAAAGCCUACCUUUAAACUACCCUGCUGUAACAAGUGCCAUAGGCACCCUUCACCUGAAUUCUGGUAUCCGAAGGAACCGCAGUUUCCCAACCAUGGUUGGAUCCAGCAUGCAGAUGAAGGGACCAACUACACUGACAACUGACAUACUGUUGGGAACCAAGUUACCUAAACAGACUACUUUGCAAUGAGAAAUAUCUGCUGUACUAUGUAUUAGAGAGGCUGAGAAUGCAGUAACCUUGCAUAGUAUGCUACUCUUAGUGCUUAUCCUUUCUGACUCUUUAAUACUAAUCUCACCCUUCAUCCCUGUACUUUGUGCUGACAAAUCAACUUUGUGCCUACAUGAGCUAUUGGGACUGCACUUUGUAUAAAUAUGUACAUAUAUAUAAUAGAUAUCUAUUGUAAUUAAAUAUAUUUCACUGUACCAGUGAUAAACUGUGGAAGCAGAAGGGGCUCUUCUAUUGUAGAUAUUUGACAUGCUAAUAAUGUAUAUUAAACUGUUGAUGGUAGGAUACUGUAUGCACUGAAUGUAAGGAACCUCUAAACCUUAGCAAAGAAUGGUAGUUUUUGUUAUCAAUAUUAGAGGUCUAACCAAGGUUUUAGUCAUUUCAGGGAGAAGGAAAUCUGGAAUUUAACAGGAAACAGAAAAGAUUCUCAGCUUGCCACAGUCUCAAAGGCAAUACUCUGCUUUUUCUUUAUAUAGGUCAAUGGGUUGUUUUUAAAUACAUAUCUUUACCUUUGUUCUCACUGUUAUUCUAAAGCAAAUGCCAGGUAUAACAAUAUAGCAUCUUAUUUUAUUUAUUAUGCUGCAGACACAUCACAAGAAAUAGGGCUACAAUCAAGCUCAAUACACAGUCACAUGCUAUAAUAUUAGCACAAAUACGUAGUAGGGCUUAGGGUUUUUGGAUUUUAGUUCAGUAAUAUAGUUGAAAGAUUACUUUGCAAUUUUUUUUAUAUUUCACCAGAAAUGUGGGUGCUUUUCUGAUUGAAUAUGCAGCAAUGAAAAGGGAUAAAGAUAAUCACUAUAUUGCCACUGGUGCUGCUUCAAGCAGGGACAUACUUGAUAUCUAGGAUAGAAUUUAUUCUUUGGGAAAUAGGAAACUGUCCUUUAAUAAAGAAGCAUCAGAAUGUCCACAGACUGGGGCCUAUUUUGAUUAUCCUUGAGGAAACACGAGUGCAAUAAAGGUCUUGUCUUUUCUUAUAUGCCAAUAAAGUUUUAAAAUAUUUUAAAGGUUUGCAUUUAUGCACAUCAGACGUAAUAAAGUGGUAAUAUUUAUACAUUUA